AUGUCGCAGGGGAGUCCAGUGGACAGUGUCAUAUCCAAUACGAGCGCUGGCAGCAAGCUACCCGAGAACACUAGCACUACCGAGAAGCUGCUCGAAUGGUACUCUGUCGACAUUUUGGACAACUUCAACAAGCGCGAUUUCGACUACCCAAUAGCUCGUUACGGAAGUGAGAACUAUAAGUUUGAGGCCAUCCAGAACGAUGGAAGUCUGCUUGAGCUUGACGCUCCAGGCAUGAAGAAGUUGCGGGUAUGGUUUUUUCUUGAGCAUUGCCCGCAGGCCUAUGGCGAGGUGUUAGACGUUGUGGUACAUCUGGAUGAGAUCAACGGAACCGCUGCUGUCUGA